AUGUCGUUGACAGAGAAAGACCCUGGGGGCUGCCCACCAGUGCUAGAGGUUGAAUAUGCAGCAAAUGCACCAGAUACGGCCGCAAAACACCCGGAAAACUUGGCCUACGUGGAAAAUGAAGAACCGAAGCUGCAUAUGUCGACAUACCUUGCACUGGCGGCUAUGUUUCUACUAAAUCUUGUGCAAAUUUUUGGCCUGAUGGGUCCUCCAGCAGCGGUAAGUCUUCAUAUUGAACUCAAGAUUUUCCUCAACAAGAACCCUAUUGACAAGCAUAAUUUCACCACAGCUCUCGUUCAUUGA